AUGGCCUCCAUCUCAGAAGAUCAACGGGCGCUUCAACUUGCGGAGAAGGCAGGUGAGAGUACAAAAGCCGGUGAGCUGGCAUCGGCAGCUCGCUUCCUCCGCGAGGCAAGCACUAUAGCGCCUGAAAACCAGCAAAUCAAAGAUGCGUGGACGAAGCUAAGAGAAGAAGAAGAUAAGAGCGAACUCCUGGCGCUGUGCAAGAUUUGGGUGGCGAGCAGGAAUGACGAUGAUGGGGACAGGGUGCUACGAGCCGUGCAGAAGGGAGGCGUCAAGCAAAAAGAGGCGGAGCAGGCGAUGGCGAUUCUCUUCGAUUUCAAAGGUGAAGACGACACGCUUGAUCAAGUCACGGGCGAGUUGUUGCAGAAUGUUGGCGCGCAGACGUGGCUUGCACACGCGGUUAGGGAACAGCCGACGAGGAUCUACUACGAGAUGUUUGAGCGGGGCGACGAUUCCAUCGAUGGGCUGCUCAAAGUGCUGCUUAACAGGAGUGUCUGGCCGGACGAUGAGGCGUUCAAGAGUGGGCACAGAGAUAUGUUCAUGCUCAGCUUGGCGAUGAUGAUGGAAGAAGCGCUCGAGCAUCCCGAACGUGCUAUGAAGGGCAUUGCACAAUUACUUGCUCAUCACGCCGAGCAUCUCAAAGGCAUUAUCGAUUCGGAUAGCUUCGAUGUCAUUCUCGCGUCGUUGGAUAUUCGACUGCCGAAUAGCUUGCGGGCGCAGGCUACGCUUGCGAGUAUUAAGUUGUUCGAACUUUGCCCCGAUACAGCUGGCGAGCUGAUAUCGAAGUUCGUCACUCAUCGUGCUAAUAAGGGCGAUGCGAAUGAUCUGGUUAUUGCUUUCUCUGCAGCUGCGGCUAUCUUUCCGGUUGCUGUCACGCCGGCGGCAGCGCUUUUCUUGACAGAGGGCUUUGUGGGCACGCUUGUGCCGCUGGUGGAGAAGAAGAGGUCUCAAAAGCUUGAUCAGGCGACAUUGGAGCUUAUCAGUGCAGCUUGUGUAGACAAGAAUUGCAGAGAUGCUAUCAACAAGCAUUGUAGGGAUUGGUUGGAAGAGCUGGUCGCAGACAGUCCUGAUAAGAAACGUGCGAAUCUGGCAGCACUUGUUCUUGUCAAGUUGGGCGAAGAAGCAGCGUCUUCCGAAGGGCCUCGAAUCGUCACACCAGCCAGGGUCGAUCAGAGCGACUUGAUUGCAAGCUUCAAGUCCAUGGUCAUUGGGGGUGAUAAUUCUUCCAAGCAAGACUCGAUCGAGGGUCUCGCAUACGCCUCCCUCCAGCCCAAAGUCCGCGAAGACUUGUCCAAAUCACCAAAGUUUCUCAAGCGCCUCAUUGGCACAAUGAGCGAGCCCUCUGCUCCUUCAAACAUCAUCUUCGGUGGCCUGACCAUUUUCGUCAACAUCACCACUUAUCUGCCCAUUCAGUCUGAAGAAGAGAAACGCAUGGCCCAACUCAAAGCAUAUGCCAACGUCCAAAAGCCCACCGAACCAGACGAGCUGCUUGACGACGCCAGCGUCAACACCCGCUGCAAGCGCAUGAUGGAAGCCAACAUCGUGCCUCUCCUCGUGCAAGUCUGCAAAAAAGGCAGUCCCACCAUCCUCUCUCACAGCAGUCAGAUCCUGCUCAGCCUUAGCCGCGACGCCAAAAUCCGAGGCACAAUGGCCCAACAAGGCGCCAUAAAACUCCUCAUCCAAAUCUACGACACCGUAUCUUCCACCAACGCUGCUUCCACCACCGGCACAACUCCUUACCCACCCACCACCGCCCCCGCAACAGCCCAAGCCCUCUCCCGCCUGCUCAUCAGUAUAAACCCGUCCCACGUCUUCAACUCCGCCCUCCCAUCCACAUCCGCCCUGCGCCCGCUUAUCAGCCAACUAUCCCGCUCAGACAGUUCAAGCUGGCAACUGCACGCCUUCGAAGCGCUUCUCGCACUCACGAACCUCGCAUCUCUCGACACAGCCACGCAAGACCACAUCAUACGUCUCAGCUUUGAUACCAUCAUUGACGACAUGUUGCUAUCCAACCACACCAUGCUGACCCGUGCGGCCACAGAACUCCUCUGCAACCUCAUGGCCUCGGCGACAUGUAUCGCGCACUUCGCCGACCCUGCCUCCCCACGCGCAAAGCAGCGCCUCCACCUGCUCCUCGCCAUGACUGACGUCGACGAUCUCGCCACCCGCUCCGCCGCAGGCGGCGCGCUGGCCAUGCUGCUAUCCAUCGAAGAUGCGGUCACGGCAUUGCUCAAGCAGGACAAGGGGAUUGAAUUCUUGCUGGGGCUGUGUAGAGAUGAGGACGAUGAUGUCAAGUACAGGGGCGUGGUUUGCGUGCGGAGUGUGGCGGAGGAUCAGAGCGGGGUGCAAGGGUUAAGGGAGAAAGGCACGGCGGAGUGUCUUAAGGGGGUGUUGAGGGAGACGAGGAGGGAGGAUGUGCUUGCGUUGGGGGUGGAGACGUUGAAGAUUGUGAUGGGGCAGUGA